UUGGUAAUUGAUACGUUAAAAGAUGAACCAAAUAAGAUAGGUAGUAAGGAUGUGAUAGUGCAAAGGGUUGAAAUUACGGAUGAAAAGCGAUGUUUUUUGAUAACAAUUGAAAAAAGAGAUAGCAAAACUAUUCAAAAAAUUUUAAAUGAAUACAUUGAGCCAGAAUUGAUACUUUAUACUGAUUGUUGGAGAGAGUAUAAUGGUAUUGAGGAUGGGUUAAAUGUGCAGCAUAAAACG